AUGUAUUUGCUCACAAUUCUGCUGUUUUCCUACGUUCAAAUGUCUCGGCAUAUUCAGAAGACUGCGGCAAGUGGCAAAGACAUGCUGUCCAAUCCCAGGCUCACGUCUGUUCAGGGGACUUUGAAUGUAGUGAUGAACCAGAACGUGAGCCUCUCCUGCCACUCGGACUCUGGAUCUUCACCUGUCAGAUACACACUGUUUAAAGACAGCCAGAAAAUAUCCACUUUAACUAGACCAGACCUGACCCCUGGUUUGUUUAACUUAACUAUCAACUCUGCCAGUGACACGGGUGAAUACAAAUGCAAAGCUGAGAAUAACGGCACCGGUGGCGGAAAAUACAGCAACAGUCUCAACUUCACCCUUAAAGAGCCAAUUUCCAGACCAGUGCUGAGCUCGCCCACCUCUCAAGCAAAGAAAGGCCAGAAUGUGACUUUGUCUUGUCUCUCAGAGAACGGCUCUCUUCCUAUCACAUACAUAUUCUUCAAAGGAAGACAAAGCAUCUCUACACCAGUGAAGAUGCAGAAGCGGGAAGCAGCUGUGAUUUUUCUAUUUAUCAAUUCCUCUAGUGACUUUGGAAUCUAUAAAUGCAGAGCUGAAAAUAGCUUUCGCAAUAAUACAAAAUACAGCAACAGCUUCAACUUCACAUUAGCAGAAGAAAGAAGCCACUCUCAAGCCUUGAUCAUUUCUCUUGGAGUCAUCUUGAUACUAUUCAUAAUAGGAUUUGCUCUCGCAAUUCCAUUUUUUAUAAUUCCUUCAUACAAAGCAAAAAAACUUCAGUCUGCUAGACCCUCAACUGCCCUUACUUCAAUAAUGAAUGCAGAAGAGUCUGAAAACGAUGUCAUCUACACAGAGAUUGAUCCUGUUAAACCAGAAGAAGAAUACGCCAACUUUUCUGUUAUUGGAAGAGAAGAUGAAAAAGGUAACCUGGAAGACCCACAUGGUCUAGAUUUGACAGAAAACAGAUGCACCAAGUUUUAGGAGAACUAUUUGCAGAGAAACCACUAAGUCUGUGACACCGUAGAAGCCAGUUCAGGCACAGAUGUUUAAGAAAUUCCUUUUAUUCAACAAAUUUAAGU